GUAAACAGUUGCUACGAGUUCAUUGUUCUAAAAUAAAUAUUUACCGCAAAAGAAAUGUUAAUAGCCAUAUAUAUCUUGAAAAAUAACAAUAUUAAAGUGCAAAUUAGUAUUAUCAAGCGCAAGAAUUACAUAUUAUAGAGAAAAACAGACUGUGACUCAAUAGUGAGAAUUGAUGUUAAUGUACAAUAUCUACCAACUACUCUGUGAUAAAGUGUUGACAAAUAAAUCAUAAGUGAAAGUGAUAUGAACUUAUUAUUCUGAGAAAAUCAUCGUUUUCAGUGGAAUAGUAGUAAUACAGUUUAAAAUUAGUAAACGUCUUCUAAUUAUUUAAAUAAUAACGAUUAACAAAAGAUUUAUCUGGAAACUUCCAUGUCUUAUGCUAUUGGUCAACAGAGGACGCUACAGGUCAACAGAUAAUAUCUAAGUUUACCGCCAUCUGUCGGCAACUGGCAACAACGCGUAGUUCUUCGUGAAUGUUGUGCUUAUAAAUUCAUAAGUUUUUGCACGCUAUUGGAUGACAGAGUUCGCUAUACGUAAAUAAUAACAUUAACGAUGUCUUCAAAAUCUGUACCAGGCUGUUCGGGUUGCAAGAAAGCACUUCCAAAAAAAGAAUUCUUGCAAUGUUCUAUUUGUAAAGGGGCGUAUGAUUUGGAAUGUGCAAAUGUUAGCAGUAAACGCUACUACUCGUUCUACGCGACGGAUAAUGAUCGGAGAAAUAUUUGGAAAUGUCCCGAAUGUCUAUGUAAACAACCUAAGAGGGAUAAUACUGAUACCCCGGUUCGUAAUCCAACUCCAGUUUUAAAUACUGACAUGGAUAUUAUUUUGUCGAGUUCUAGUGUUCCUUGUGAUGAUAACAUUAACGUGACCCGACGGACGAAGAUAUCAAAAACAACUAGAGCAGAGGAAUAUUCGCUGAUUGAUCGAGAUGGUGAGGAUUCUCUCAGCCACGAAUCAGACAUCGGGCUUGUGCUGAGUGAGUUACGUGCCAUACGACAGGAAAUGAGUACGUUUCGGGCCGCUAUAACGAACCUAACUGCCGCAAUAACAUCACAGAAUGCGCGUCUUAACAGUUUGGAAACAAGAUUAGAUGCUGUAGAAACUAACAAACACGAAGUCAGUGACUGUCAAGAUAAAGAUUUGAGAGAAACAGUUUCUCAGUUAAAAAUGGAAAUUCUGGAACGGGACCAAGAAUUAUUAGCCAACGAUGUGGAGAUUUCAGGGUUCCCUGAGACACCAAAUGAAAACACCAUCCAUAUUAUUCUGUCUAUUGCAAACACACUCGGUGUAGAAUUGGAAGAGCGAGAUGUUGUUAGUGCGGGGCGUGUAGGUCCGGGACGGGCUCAUCUGCAGAGAAACGGAGCGAUGCCGCCGCGGCCGAGACCUAUUGCGGUGCGAGUGACACGCCGAGCUACCAGGGAUCACCUGCUGCGGGCCGCGCGCGUACGUCGUGUGCUCACUACCGAGGGUAUGGGGUUAUCGACUGCUACUCGCUCGUUUUAUAUCAAUGAGCGGCUAACGAAACAUAAUCGGCAGCUCUUCUAUAGGGCGCGAGAAUUUGCACAUCGCUGUAACUGGAAGUAUGUAUGGACCCGAAAUGGGACAAUAUUUGCGCGUAGAGAACAUGGAGGAACUUUAUCCAGGCUGCGUUCAGAUUUAGAUCUAAAAAAAAUUUUUGGAGACGAUACUGUUUGUGCUGCGUCUUAAUAUAUGUGAUAAUAAUAUCGUUAUGUUUAAUUGUACUUGCACAACAUGUUCAAUUGUAUACUGUGUGUUGCUACUGUUGCUACUGUUCGGAUUGGUGUUUUUAUUUCAUUGUUUAAACUUUUUUUACGAAAGGUUGCUAAUGUGUUUUCAUUUUUUUAUUUAUCAUUUGAGAGUCUAUAAAGUAUACUUUGAUAUUUGGUUUGUUAAAGUAUUUUAUAAUAUGUUACUGUUAUUUUACUAUUUUAUAUUUUGCACUAAAAGUAAAUUUGCAAUAAUUAAAUUAUGGUCGUUCCUUGUUACUUUAGUAUAUUACAGUGGACUUAUAAGUGUACUUUUCUCAAACACUAUUUAUUAUGAAAUAUUGUUUUUUUGUUUUUGUGUGUAUUACUUUUAUUAUUUUGCGUUUGGUGGAAUUAUUUGUAAGUUCAAUUAUAUUGUAGAAUGCUUUGAGUUGUUGUUGAUAUUUUACGGCACAGUAUAUUUAUCUGAGAAAUAUGCACUUACUGCUUCCGCUUUUAAGCCAUAUAUAUGUACAAUUGAAAUGUAUGAGGAGGGUUUUAUUUAUAUGUUGGAUCGGCGUCAUGUAAUUUGUUUGAAAAAAUAUUUUAGCAAUUGUAGGUAUAUAGAGAUGUCGCACGCUUUUAUUGUGAGGUUCAUUAAACAAAAAAAUAUGUCGUUGGGUUUUCUUAAUCCGGGUUCACUUGGUACAGGUCAUGAUGAGUUUUUGGUGACAGUGGAGAAGCACAAUGUGGAUAUCCUGGCUAUUAAUGAGACCUGGCUUAAAAUAGGCGAGGAGGCACGUGCUCCUUCUCCACCAGGCUACACAUUGCGUCAUAUUCCUCGCCCAUCUGGCACACGCUCUCGUGGCGGUGGUGUGGGUUUUUACAUUCGUAGAGGUAUUCAUGCUCGUCUGCUUGCGCAUCCUCUUGCGCCCUCUGUUGAACAAAUGUGGCUUGGUAUUACUGUAAAUGGAAUUAAGUUGGCUAUUGGUACUGCUUACAGACCUCCUUGGUUGAACGUGAAUACUUUCCUAGAUGCAUUAACAGCAUCAAUAACCUCACUAUCCACUUUUGAUCACAUCAUGGUGAUGGGUGAUUUUAACAUUAAUAUGCUGGGAUCUUGUGAUGGUAGCGCAAUUAAAUUAUUAGAAUUUUUGGAACAUAUGAAUCUUCGCCAAUAUGUAACGAAACCAACUCAUUUUACUGAUCAUUCGAAGACUUUACUUGACGUAAUAUGCAGCAGCAGUAGGGUUAUGAACGUUAUAAUUGACUAUGUGCCAGAUCUC